AUGAUUCUUUUUCUCUGUCGAGAAGAUGAAGACGUUGAGCGGGUGCAAGUGAUAGAAGUUCGAAAUGACGCAAUCAGAAUUGUGUGGACAGUGGAUUCUGAAGAAGUUGAAGAGAAGGAGAUAACCAAACAGCGGUUGAUUGUAGCGGUUAUGAGAAGUAUAGGAGUUAAUCAAUAUUUGUUAUUUUUGUUAGUGUUUUUAGGUUCUCAAGAAACUGAGAAAUCGUCACAAACUGUUAUGGUUGAUGCAAAGCUUCGAGACUACACUUUUGUUGGAUUAGCUGGAAAUACGACUUACCGAAUUUCAGUGGAGGGAUUUAAUAAUGAUACAAGUCUCUGGUAUUCUUCAAAUAUGGCAACUACCAGUCUUGCGGCACUACCAUGGCUGCACGCUCCUACCGACUUGACUCUAAUGGACCGGAAAAACGAAUCUAUCGAAGUAUCUUGGAUUCCACCAGUUGUCCUCGAAGCUGGACAUCAUUUUGUAAUCACUCAACACCUAGUCAAAGUCUACGACUUGUCCGGAAACAUGUCAACCAAUAAGAGGUCAAUCCCAGUUCCAAUUCCUUUGACACGUCUACAAAUUGACGGUUUGAAACCUGCAACUGCUUAUAAUGUCACAGUUCAAGCCGGAACUAGCUAUGGAUACGGUAACAAAGUUUGGUGUGCUUAUGCCACGUUGGAUACGGAUGAAGCGAAUAUUCUGAAGCUGAGAGCAAGAACCCCUAACUCACUUACGGUGUACUGGCCAGCAAAUUGGCUAACAAAAGCCACUUCUAAAUUUACGAUCAAAGCGAAAACGAUUCAUUCUCCAACUGGAAUUUUCAAAGAAAUUGAAAACUCGGCGAUUGGAGAACCUGGCAAAGCUCAUGAGUUUGUUGUGGAUAAUCUACUUCCAUCGAGCACCUACAAUAUCACCAUAACGACGUCAGAUGAUCAACAAAAAGAGGGAGGAAAGAAGUGGACACAGAUGAGAUGGAAGCACGGAUGGGCUGUGUUCUCAACUAUGUCACAGGGGCAAUACGGUGUUGCAGAAGCUCGGAUUGUCGUGGAAACGGAUUUCGCUGUAUCCAUUGUUUUCCAACCGUUGAAGCUACCAGGAAGGAUAAUUUCUUACCAGAUAAAGUACAGUCUCAAAGACAGAAACUCGACAAGGCUCACCGACGAGCUCACCGACGCCACUCUCAAAUGUCCGAAAUUCGAAUGUCAGUGGAAGUGCGCAUUGAUCUUUAAUCUCCCUCACAGGCCUAGAGAAUACAAGUUUGAAAUUCGCGCCAAAGUAGACGAUGUCUGGAAUAGAUGGUCUCCAGUAACUCUUCGUCAAUGGAAUCUUCUCGAAAGAGUUUGCUCAAUUAACCCACCCAGUGAUUUGGUCAGCCAUUUGGGUGAUUAUUCAAGGCAGAGAGAUAUCGAUGUGCAUAGUGCAAAGGUACCGCAAAUCGCGGAUGUUUGGAGAUACAUGGUCGUGGUGGACAGCAGACCGUAUGAUCUGGCACCAAUUGAUAUCACAAAGCUAGCAGAUAGAACUACUUCCGAAGCGGAUCAUGUUCCGUACUAUAUCACAGCUGCAUUAACUCCAGAAGAAGUUAAAAGGAAUGGAGAGUUUAGAAUCGGCGAUGGGAAAGUCUACGGUGGUUAUGUCAAUUAUCCACUUCGAUCUGAAAAAGACCCGAGAUGGACCCUUAUCCCUGUGACCCAAAGUGAAAACGAAAUGAUCGAACCAUAUCUCAAAACAUGUGGAUUCAACGAACAAGGAUCUUUUAACUGCGAUAUGACACUGUCUGAAGUCUUGACUCAUAUCCCAAUUGUUCUCGUCUCCGCAGGCUUCUUAAUUCUCAUCCUUGUUAUAUUCUUUAUCUGUCUGGCGAUUUUCUGCUUUUUGAGAAAUUCGUGUCAGGAAAGGCCAGGAGUUGAAGAAUCCGCUCUGAUGUACUACCGAAGUGAUUCACCGAAUACAAUUUCCACGUGUCGAGAAUAUCGAAAAAUUGAGAGAAGAGAGUUCAAUGCAUCAGAUAUGGAAGAGCGAAUGCGGUUUCGAGAUCAUGAGAAUUAA